UUUCACUGUAUUCUCUCCACCAAAACCCUUCUCUUCCUUAUAUAGCAUAUCCUCUCCGCAUCGUUUCCGCACAUCUUCUUGAAGACGAAAGAGAGACUUUUUAUUUCCCAUUUCGAGAUGUGCGGUGGAGCGAUCAUAUCCGAUUUCAUUCCGACGCCUAGCUUACGGUCACGGAGAGUGACCGCCCACAAUCUAUGGCCGGAUCUGAGGAAGAAUACCAAAGGCGGCCGGAAGAUUCGAGCGGCAGAGUUCGUUGACGAUUUUGAGGCCGACUUCGAGGAGUUUGAGGGCGAGCCUGAGGAGGACGAAGUGGAGAAGUUAAUCGAGGUCAGGCCCGGGGCUUUUCGCACGAAGGCGGCGACUUUUUCCCGUGGAGCUGCUGAUAAGCCAGCCACAAGGAAGAGAAAGAAUCAAUUCAGAGGAAUUCGUCAGCGCCCAUGGGGUAAGUGGGCAGCUGAGAUUAGAGAUCCUCGCAAGGGAGAGCGGGUUUGGCUGGGAACAUUUGACACUCCAGAGGAAGCUGCCAGAGCUUAUGAUGCUGCAGCUCGUAAGAUUCGGGGUAAGAAAGCCAAGGUAAACUUCCCUGAAGUAGUCCUUGAACCUGCUCAAAAUCAACUGAACAAGCUAAGUUCAACAAAAGCAGUUAAACCAAACACUUCUGAUGAAUUCAACUUCAAUGACUCAUUUGGCUACUGGAACAAUGAGAAUUACAAUAUAUAUUCUAGUUUAGGACUGGGAGAGGAGCCCCUUAAGCUUGAGUCAGCCAUCCUAAAUUUCCACUCUGAGCAGGAAAGCAACUCCCUGAAUUGCUCAGAAUUUGGCUGGGAACAUGAAACUAAUUACCCUGAGAUCACAUCAGUUCCUCCUACCAUUGCUGAAGAUAUUAAAUCUGAAUUCAUGGAAGAAACUGCACCACUAAAGAAACUGAAAAACAAUUCUUGCGAGGCAGUUUCAACUGAUCAAGCUGCAGCCAUGAAGCUCUCUGAAGAGCUGUUAGCCUUUGAGCCAGACAUGAAGUUCAUGCCUUUCGCUGAAGGGAACUCAGAUUUAUCAUUUGAUUCUCUUCUUGGUUCUGAGAUGACUCAAGAUGGGAUAAAUUUCAUGGAGCUUUGGAGCUUUGAAGACAUGCCAAUAUCAGGAGAUGUCUUCUGAAUCUAUCUGAACUGGUUAUAAUGGACAUCUUCUGUAAAUAAAGAGACAAGUGUAAGUAUCUCCAUUGGCAGUUUCAUUCUGGUUUCUAUUUUUGUUGACAUUUUUUUUAUUUAUGUUUCAGGAAUAUUUGUUUAGGUACUUAUGCAGAACCUCAAAUAUGAACUAUCUGUAAUGGAUUAAAUUGCACUGUGGUUUUUAGCUUUGAUGUUAUAUCCUUAGAACUAUAUAUUCUGAUGUUUAUAUGUGAUGAUAUGUUUUAUUUAAUGUGUUUCCUGCAACAUAACAGUGCUUCUCAUGGUUUGUGUGUCUUUAUUUUCCUGUAAAUGUAUUUUAGCCUAUGCUUAGUUUCUUUCUUAAUCCUUUCCACAGCAUUAUUGUAGCA